ACAGUUUUCAAACUUUUUUCAACUCCUUUAAAUUCACAAACAAUUCCGUUGAAGCUUCCCCUCUCUCUGUUUCGCUCGAAAACAGCAGAGGAAUUGGGAUAAGGAAACAAAGAGACGGAAGAUCUGCGGAAGAAAUUAAACAAGAAAAUUGUGGGUUUCAUCAGAAAUUGGUGGGUUUGAUUGAAGGAUGAUCGGGUGGAAUUGUUGGUGCUGCAAUGGCGUCGCCGAUCCUCAAGAUUUCUCCUUUUCAGAUCCUCAACCCUUCUCUCUUCCUUCGCCGCUUCCCGAUUGGCCUCAAGGAAAAGGUUUUGGCAGUGGAAGAAUAAGCCUUGGAGAGAUAGAAGUUUCCAAGAUCACAGAAUUUAAGAAAGUUUGGAGAUGCAGCCAGGGUGCCACAUUUUACAGGCCUCAGGCAAUCCCAGAUGGCUUUUUAUGCCUUGGUCACUACUGCCAGCCCAGUAACCAGCCAUUGAGAGGCUACGUUCUUGUUGCUCGGGAUGCAUCGGAAGUCAACUCGGUCAUUGAAUCUUCAGCUUUGAAGCGCCCCGUGAACUAUACCUUAAUCUGGAGUUCUGGUUUACAUGGAGAGGAUUUUGGUUUUAUUUGGCAGCCUAAUCCCCCGGUGGGUUACAAAGCCAUGGGAUUCUUGGUCACUAGCGAGCCGGAGGAGCCUGCUCUUGACGAUAUCCGAUGCGUGCGAGCUGAUCUUACCGAGAGAUGCGAGACUAGUGACGUAAUUCUUUCCCUGAGGUCGAAAUCUAAUGUGUUCCAUGUUUGGAAAACAAGACCCUGUGAAAGGGGAAUUUACCAGAGAGGUGUUUCCAUUGGCACAUUCUUUGCCUCCACUUUCUUUAAAGAGUUUCUAAAUAUUGCCUGCCUGAAGAAUCUCAAUCCCACAUUAGAAGGAAUGCCAAACCUGAACCAGGUUGAGGCACUCAUUGGGCAUUAUGGGCCAACCGUAUUCUUUCACCCCGGCGAGGCAUACUUGCCAUCAUCGGUGCCAUGGUUUUUCAAAAACGGUGCUCUUCUUUAUCGAAAUGAUGGCAUGAAGGGCGAGCCUAUUGACAUUGGAGGUUCCAAUUUGCCCUGUGGAGGGGAAAAUGAUGGGGAGUACUGGAUUGAUCUGCCAAUGAACAAAAAUGCGAGAGAGACUUUGAAGAGUGGUGACAUCGCAACCGCAAGACUCUAUGUUCAUGUUAAACCAGCACUAGGAGGAACUUUUACUGAUAUUGUGAUGUGGGUUUUCUGCCCCUUUAAUGGACCAGCAACUCUCAAAGUUAGUUUCCUGAGCAUCAAUCUGAAAAAGGUUGGGGAGCAUGUUAGUGACUGGGAACACUUCACGCUUCGAAUCAGCAACUUUUCUGGGGAGCUAUGGCAAGUGUACUUCUCGGAGCACAGCAGGGGGGAAUGGGUCGAGGCUUUCGACUUGGAGUUCAUUCAGGGCAAUAAGCCGAUUGUAUAUUCGUCGAAACAUGGUCAUGCUAGCUUCCCACAUCCUGGGACCUAUCUUCAGGGGUCAUCAGGAAUUGGAGUGAAGAACGAUGCAGCUCGAAGCAAGUUUUCCAUAGACUCAAGCAUCAAAUAUGAAAUCAUUGCUGCUGAGUAUCUUGGCAACGGCGUCGUUGUUGAACCAAAUUGGUUGCAGUACAUGAGAGAAUGGGGUCCAACCAUAAUGUAUGAUGCGAGAUCAGAGAUCGAAAAACUGAUCGACCUCCUCCCAUUGUUUGUCCGAUUUUCCUUGGAAGACCUUCUCGCUCUGUUCCCGACCGAGCUCUACGGUGAAGAAGGACCAACUGGACCAAAGGAGAAAAACAACUGGUUUGGAGAUGAAAGAUGCUAGACUAUAAAGGUAUACUCAACCAUACAAAGAUAUCAAUCAACAUGGACAAAAUAUGAAUAGGUAUAUUGCUUAACUUUUUGAAAUGGCUAUUAUGAAUCUGCAGAUUGGUCAAAGAUUGGCAAAUUGCCUACAAACUUUUGUAAUGUAUUUAGCUUGAUAAAUUAACAGUGCACUGUUCUUGCUGCAAAUACAAGUUCGUUCGAGGGGAUUGUUAUUGAGUGCGGUCUCGACACGUACAAAAAUGUGUGUUACAUUUUUCAUUGUGAAAGCAUAGAGUUCCAGUCAUCCAUGGAAUGAUUGAGAAUGGAUGAGAAAUUGAGAGUAAUGAGAAAACGACUUGGAUUUGAUUGAA